ACGGUCUCAAGUGCAUCCAAGUGCAUCCCCUCGAGCAGUGGUUCCAUCUCAUUGCCCGCCCGGGAUAGGCUGCCUUCACUCUUCGUCGACUUUUCGUCCAUGAGCUAACGCCGUGUAUGCAAUUUCUAACAUCAGACGAGGACAUGUGCAAGGUACACUAACAUCGCAUCGCGUACAUGCCAUGAAUACGUCAAAAUCGUCUACGACGUUGAAUAUCGACGUCUUACUCGUCAUAGUGGCUUUCUGCGAAGGUCCCACGCUCUCCACGCUUAUCAGAACAUGCAAGGCGUUCUACCAUACCGCCGCGCGGCAUUAUCUGGAAGACAGAGGAGCUACACUUCGUUCCGACCGAGAAAUCGCCCUCUUCCUCCGGUUCAUGCGCCCAGACCAGGGCAAACGUUGGCGAUACCUCUACGAACUCCACUUCGAUAAGGACAGCCUCAUUGGCCCCUCCCUCGCGAAGUCCUUCGCUUAUGGCAUCAAGAAAGCGGUCAAUCUCGAGGUCCUCAAGUUCGCAUACGUCGAAGCGACCCUCAGCUCGCAUCCCGAUCUCGGCCCCGCGUUUGCUUCGCUACCCAGAAUCAAGCACAUAACGAUGUCCAAAGUCGGUGGCAUUGCCUGUAAAAUGCUUGAAACCAUGCAGUGGCCGUUGGAAACCGCCGCUCUGUGCCGCACGGCUCUCAAUCGCAAGGCCUGGCCGGAUGAAAACCGGUACGAGCGCUUGAACCCCGCCCAGCUCUUCAAAAACGCAUGUCGUACCCUCCGCAGCCUCAAUCUCGACUCAUGGCGGGACUACGUCGACCACUCGCCCCUUCCGGUCUACCCACGGAUGAAGUCGCUCACCGUCAUCGGAAACAACUGUCCUUCCACCGCUCCUUGGGCGGCAGCCUACCCACACCUCGGGUAUCUAGAAGUGUCGACCAUCGAGCAGGCACUCCUGGACCUCUCCGAAGACUCCCUCGAGCUGUAUCUGGAGACACGGGAAGAGAAUCGACAGGGACACCUCACGCGCGGUACCUGGAAGGAGCUGGAGACGUUCAAGGGCGCCCCCCUAGACUUAUACCUUGUCGGCGUGCCGUGCAGGAUCCGACGUCUCGAGCUGGACAUAAUGAAGGACGAGCUACGCUUCCUGCCCAUCGUCGUGGCUGAUACGCUCCCGGCGGAACUCAUCCUCGACCUCGCGUCGCAGGUGCUCAAUGGCGGCGACAACGCCUGGCUGCUAGAUCACCUGCGGGAUCCGGCGCUAAGCAGUGUCCGUGCGCUCACGCUCACACUGCGAGAUCACCUUCCGAGUACAGCCGACUUCCCCGACUUCUGGGAUCGCCUGGCCGACGCACUGCCGUCGCUCACCCUCGACUCCCUCGCUGUCAAGAUCAAAAUCGAGAGCAUGAAGGACAUGCACUGGUUCACCUUCAGCUCCCCAACUGGGUCAGACUCGGAUAGCGCUCGCAGAGCGGAGCAAGCUCGGAUCGACAGGCCAAUGCCCCCGCCCUGCGAGACGGAGCUCUACAUCAGCACCCUCGCGGCCGAUACCUUGGCCCGCCGGUUUCUUCAAGUGUCGCAUUCCCUCGAGAGCGUCGAGGUGGACGUUGCAUUUUGGUGGAACUCCGAGUACGAGAACAAGAAUGUUCGGAUGACGAGGCGGGAACUUCACCCGAGUGCGGGCUUGACUGGCGCUAGCGACCUUUCAGCGGUGACUGCAUAACCUCGAGCAUGCCAGACGACCUUGUCUCCGUACUAUUACAAAUGCUUUUUUAUCCUACGUUUC